AUGUCUGCUAGAAACAACAUGUACACGUACACAGACAGUCGAGGUAACAAGCGUGAAGUGCCCAUGGUGCGUGCCUCCUCGCUGGACCAGAUUAAAAGAGGAGACCAUAUCUGCUUCAAUCGAAAUUUGCACUGGCAUCACGCUAUAGUAGAGACCGUCGAUAAAUUAAAUGGUGAAGUCAUCGUCAUCGAGUACUGUAAUACCGCAAAGCAAUUCAGCCAGGAUAACAGCACCCCGCCAAAAAAUCCAAGAUGGGCAGAGGUGGUUAGACAAAGUUUCAAAUUAGAAAAUGAUCCUGUUUACCCAGGAGCCAAUGUGCUCCUGGUUCACGUUAUUAAACACGACAGUUGUUACGAUCCCGAAGAAGUUGUUACCAGAGCUAAGGGUAAGCUAGGGGAAAGAGGCUACAACCCUAAUACUUUCGACCGUGGACAUUUUGCCUUAUGGUGCAAAACAGGAAUAUCCUCUUCAGAACAAGUGAACUCUUUCCGAGAAUUCGUGAUGAAGAAGAACGCUGGCUGGAGCACGUAUCCAUUUUUGCCGUGAGUUGUUCUAGAAUGUGUACAACCGAAAUUGUGUCAAAGAUACGCAACUGUUAGAUUCCCGUACUUUUAACUCGGCGCCAUCGUUAUAUAUUCUAGUGUUCCCAAAUUUUCUGCUCAUAUUCUACUGAAUGGAGAAUUCAUUAGCAUUCUUAAAGGAGCUGUGUCACGACUAAUUCAGCCAAAUGAGGGAAUUACAAAAUGCCCGUUAAAUUAAGAGAAACAUAAAAAUAACAGCUUAAAACUUUAAAGGAAGUUUAAAAUAACGUAACGGAAACAACAGAUGCCACGGGUGGGCAAAACUGAAGAAGAUUGAAACGGAUUGAAAUUAGGGUUUUUGAAAACUGUUUAGCCUAACAGUUUUUCAAAGCUGACCCCUGCUGCUUGCAUCUUCAAAAAUAAUGCUCAGGAGACAUAUUUGUUUGUCCCGGAUCUCUGAUUUUGUCGUUUACUUGUAAUUUCUGUGCUUACUUUAAGUUCCAUAGCGAUUGAGGGCGAGUAAUUGGCAAAAUUAUACAAAAUGAACUGGACUGCCGUGACACAGCUCCUUUAAGACCCCUAGUUUCGUUAGGAAUUCGUUAGGAAUUAUUGCUAAGAUCCGACACUAUAUCCCGCGUCGUCUUUUCUUCAGAUAUAUGCUAGUAAUAGUUGACACUACAGCUGCCCCCGUUCUGUAUAUUGUCGGUUAAUAGUAUUCUUGCUCGUUGUAGCUCUUUCAAAUAUACCGAUUCAUAAUGAAGAUGUUCACACAUAUUCCAUACAAUAGGUGAGAUAAAUACAGGAAACGCAAGGUUCCAUGCACAGUUUCAGCUCGAUUUACACCACAGGUAGCCCAAGCUCGAAAUAUGAGCAUCGGCGAGCAUCGGCAUUGUUGCGUAACAUUCAAAAUAUAAGGAUUUGUAUGGGAAAAAUAAAAAACAGCUUACCUUACUUAAAAUGUGUGUUACGUCUCUCCUGUGUGGUCCACGGGCCGAUUUAUGCCCGUUUUAUGGGUUUUUAUGCGGCCCGUGGACCACACAGGAGAAACGUAACACACAUUUUAAGUAAGGUAAGCUGUUUUUUAUUGAAAUCCUUUCAUUUUCAUAGGUUAAAGAAACGAUAGGACCGAUAGGUUUUUUUCCAUACAAAUCCUUAUUUUUUGAAUGUUACGCAACAAUGCCGAUGCUCGCCGAUGCUCAUAUUUCGAGCUUGGGUUACCUGUGGUAUAAAUCGAGCUGAAACUGUGCAUGGAACCUUGCGUUUCCUGUAUUUAUCUCCCAUUUCUCCCGCCGCCACCGCCCCCUUUCCCAAGUUGUGCGCGUCUUAUUUUCACUUUGCUCGUUUUAAUACCUUCCCACUAUACUAUCUGAGAGCCUGGCACAGGCUAUAACUUUCAAAACAACUGCUCCACAGAAUGUCACUGCGUAACGCAAGAGUAUCAGAGUAUGACUGCACAAUAAAUGUCACAAAAUCUACCUGAGCGGUCUCUUCGGGAUUUUCUGUCUUUACGUCAUCCUAACCAUUUCGUACUUGCGGGCGCAAACAAUAGAAACGUCAUCAUUACCUACCGAUUCCUCGCAGCCCCAGUUCGAGCAAAUCGAGAUUUUUUCUAGUAUACUGACUGUAUAUUUGAACUGAAAGUACUGCCCUUAAUAUACGCGCGAGUUACUAGGGUGGCUCCUCGGGAUUUCGCCUCUGGGCGAAAUCCCUGCCGGGGCAAUAAUUCAACUGUAAGUACCUUCCUUAAUAUACGCGCGAUUUACUAGAGUGCCUCCUCGGGAUUUCGCCUUCUGGGCGAAAUCCUUGCGGGGGCAAAAAUAAACUCACUAAUUGUCCCUUAUCUAACUUAUGGUAUCUGUUCUUGGGGAAACUGCGCUAGUAAGUAUCGAGAAAAAAUUCUCCUCUUACAAAAGAGGGCUUUCCGUCUCAUCUGCUUUGGGAAAUCAAAGGAACAUGCCGUUCCGUUCUUUCUCAAAUCCAAUUGGCUCCCGCUACCCAGCAUAGAACUUUAUAAACGAUGUUUCUUGUAUUUUAUGUAUGAUCGUAUAUAGUGGUUAAUUUUUAGCUCUCAGAUAAUUUUACCAAUCCACUUUUUGAGCUAUUUUGAAAAAACAGCUCAUAUGUCAGUGGUGUGAGCGUAUGUAUCUUUGUGGCUUUGUAACUUUGUAACUUUGUAUGUUCGGAUGUUUGUUGCAAGAGCCAAUAAGGUUGAAGGUACUAUUAGUUUAUGCUUAGGAACCAAUGAGAUCUUAGCAUCUACUUAAACAUGACAUUGGUAAAGGUCGAACAAGGGCACUUUGAGACCGCCAUCUUGAUUCUUCACAAUUUUUUCGUCUUUUAUUACGGGUACAGGUGUUUGGAAGAAUUACAUUUAAAUAUCUUCAUGAUUCAAACGCUGUGUACAGUGAUGCAGCUGUUUAAGGGUUCAUAUUUUAGUAUGGAUGCUGCUUCAAGGCAUUUCUGACCUAAUUCGGCUAUCGGUACAACGCACGUCAGUAUGAGUUCUGUUUCACCCGCUACAACUGGGUAGAGUAUAAAAGAUCAUAUAUUUUCAAAGCUCUUCCAAUGAAGCAAUAAUUGAUAUUUAGAUAUAGACUUUAAUUCGAAAGUAUGCGCCCUAUAAAAUGUGGUUUUAGAAGUUUAAAAAGGCAGCUUAUUUUUGUGAAAGCUGUACCGAGUAUUGUUAAUCCUGUAAACAAGCUUUAAAAAUAUCAUUCUCUCGCUUACAAAGUUCAACAGACCUUUUUCGUUCUGGCAAAACAAAAAAAAAAGAAUAAUAAGUGAACAACAUAAUACAUCCUUCCUGCAUACUAAGUAUUAUAGUUUCUGAAACCUAUUUUAUUUAGUAAAGAUGAGUAACUUAAGUAGAAACAGUAGCGUUAGGGAAUAAAAUUGGAAGAAGCUAGUUGACACAAAAUUAGAUACUGUUGUAUUGAGUGGAGUAACAUGAUACAAGUAGAAAUAUAUUUCGGCAGUUUGAUAAUUUUCUUGGUAGUUAAUAACUGUUAGGCUAUCAACCUUGACGUUGCAUGAAACAUAAUUUAAUUGCAGAUGUUGUAAUAAAGCCGAGGUGAUUUCUUAAAAUCGCUUGAGAAAAUUUUGUAGUGAAACAAUUUACCUUUUUUUUUAAGUACGAAUUGUAAAAGGGCCAAAGACCAACAUCUUCACAUGCAAAUUGUGUGCAUGAGUUAUUUUUAUAAUUCUGUUUACUAGAUUACUGGGUGAUAACUCGAAUUCCCUCACGUACGAACCACGAAAGGGGGCAAAGUCCAACACUUUCACGUGCCAGCUGUGUGACUGUACAUCUCAUGCAGAUUGGCUUUUCACAAUGAUAAAUAGUAACUUGAACGUAUGAAGACCUGUUUCGUUUUGUAACCAAUGCCUUAAAAAAGGCUCUUGUCUUUUAAGAAGCAAUAGCUUUUAAAACAUGAAGAAAUAAGUUGUCGGAGUUAAAGACUGUUUCACUGAGUAGAAUCGCACGUGAAAACCUCGUGAAUUAUGCUGAUGCAACCAUCUACCACAAUGAUAAAAAUCCUGGUAUUUCGUAACUAUUCAGUAUUCGAUGAGUCACAUUUUGGCUUAAGAAACCCCGCGGAAACCUUAGAGUUGUCCUUCUAAUCAACGUUUGGUGAGUAGAAAUUUAUUUUACUUCAACAAUUUGUUUAACUUGCACCAGAUGUAACAGGGAAAGACGAGGAAAGUGAAUAUAUAGGUUGAGGAUCGACUCAGAUGAGCGUUUCGCGUUUUCAUUUAUGUAGCGCAAUACCCAAUUUCGCACAAAAACCAAAUCUACAUUUAGGAUGAAAAAGGUAGAUUCAUCACUCUUGGUAAGGUUACACCGAAGUAUUAUAGUUACACUGAAGCAUUCAAAAUAGCUCAUGCACGUUUAACGUGCCUAUGUUGAAAAAAUAGCUCAUAUGUCAGUGGUGUGAGCGUAUGUAUCUUUGUGGCUUUGUAACUUUGUAUCUUUGUAACUUUGUAUGUUCGGAUGUUUGUUGCAAGAGCCAAUAAGGUUGAAGGUACUAUUAGUUGAUGCUUAGGAACCAAUGAGAUCUUGGCAUCUAUUUAAACAUGACAUUGGUAAAGGUCGAACAAGGGCACUUUGAGACCGCCAUCUUGAUCCUUCACAAUUUUUUCGUUUUUUAUUACGGGUACAGGUGUUUGGAAGCAGUACAUCAAAUAUCUUCAUGAUUCAAACGCUGUGAACAGUGAUGCAGCUGUUUAAGGGUUCAUAUUUAAGUGUGGAUGCUGUUUCGAGGCAUUUCUGACCUAAUUCGGCUAUCGGUACAACGCACGUCAGUAUGAGUUCUGUUUCACCUGCUACAACUGGGUAGAGUAUAAAAGAUCAUAUAUUUUCAAAUCUCUUCCAAUGAAGCAAUAAUUGAUAUUUAGAUAUAGACUUUAAUUCGAAAGUAUGCGCCCUAUAAAAUGUGGUUUUAGAAGUUUAAAAGGCAGCUUAUAUUUUUGAAAGCUGUAUCGAGUAUUGUUAAUCCUGUAAACAAGCUUUAAAAAUAUUAUUCUCUCGCUUAAAGAGUUCAACCGACCUUUUUCGUUCUAUUUAGUAAAGACGCGUAACUUCAGUAGAAACAGUAGCGUUAGGGAAUAAAAUUGGAAGAAGCUGGUUGACACAAUAAUUAGAUAAUGUUAUAUUGAGUGGAGCAACAUGAUAUAAGUAGAAAUAUAUUUCAGCAGUUUGAUAAUUUUCUUGGAAGUUAAUAAAUGUUAGGCUAUCAACCUUGACGUUGCAUGAAACAUAAUUUAAUUGCAGAUGUUGUAAUAAAGCCGAGGUGAUUUCUUAAAAUCGUUUGAGAAAAUUUUGUAGUAAAACAAUUUGCCUCUUUUUUACGUACGAAUUGUGAAACGGCCAAAGACCAACAUCUUCACAUGCAAAUUGUGUGUAUGAGUUAUUUUUAUAAUUCUGUUUACUAGAUUACUGUGUGAUAACUCGAAUUCCCUCACGUACGAACCACGAAAGGGGGCAAAGUCCAACACUUUCACGUGCCAGCUGUGUGACUGUACAUGUCAUGCAGAUUGGCUUUUCACAAUAAUAAUAUUAACUUGGACGUAUGAAGACCUGUUUCGUUUAGUAACCAAUGCCUUAAAAAAGGCUCUUGUCUUUUAAGAAGCAGUGGCUUUUAAAACAUGACGAAAUAAGUUGUCGGAGUUAAAGACUGUUUCACAAAUGUUAACGUUGACGUUGCAUGAAACAUAAUUUAAUUGCAGAUGUUAUAAUGAAACCGAGGUGAUUUCUUAAAACAGGGGCGGAUCCAGGACUUCUUUUAGGAGGGGGUGCACUCGUCUCUUGCUCUUGACUUCAACACCAAUAAACCAAUUUUUUUUUUUUUGCAGAAUACCAGUUGUAUUAGAAAACCGCAGGUCAUCUCAGGGGGGCGCACCCCCUGCACCCUCCCCCUAGAUCCGCCCCUGUAAAAUCGUUUGAGAAAAUUUUGUAGUAAACAAUUUGCCUUUUUUUUACGUACGAAUAUGUAAAAGGGCCAAAGACCAACAUCUUCACAUGCAAAUUGUGUGCAUGAGUUAUUUUUAUAAAUCUGUUUACUAGUUUACUGAAUGAUAACUCGAAUUCCCUCACGUACGAACCACGAAAGGGGGCAAAGUCCAACACUUUCACGUGCCAGCUGUGUGACUGUACAUCUCAUGCAGAUUGGCUUUUCACAAUGAUAAAUAGUAACUUGGACGUAUGAAGACCUGUUUCGUUUUGUAACCAAUGCCUUAAAAAAGGCUCUUGUCUUUUAAGAAGCAAUAGCUUUUAAAACAUGAAGAAAUAUGUUGUCGGAGUUAAAGACUGUUUCGCUGAGUAGAAUCGCACGUGAAAACCUCGUGAAUUAUUAUGAUGCAACCAUCUACCACAACGAUAAAAAUCCUGGUAUUUCGUAACUAUUCAGUAUUCGAUGAGUCACAUUUUGGCUUAAGAAACUCCGAGGAAACCUUAGAGUUUUCCUUCUAAUCAACGUUUGGUGAGUAGAAAUUUAUUUCACUGUAAUGAUUUGUUUAACUUGCAUGAUGUAACAGGGAAAGACAGAGGAAAGUGAAUAUAUAGCUUGAGGAUCGACUCAGCUGAGCGUUUCGCGUUUUCAUUUAUGUACCGCAGUACGCAAUUUCGCAUGAAAACCCAAUCUACAUUUAGGAAGAAAGAGGUAGAUUCAUCACCCUUGGUAAUGUUUCACCGAAGCAUUAAAGUUACACUGAAGCAUUCAAAAUAGCUCAUGCACGUUUAACGUGCCUAUGUUUAUAUAUUUACUGUACUCCAUUUUGUUUGUAAUUAUACUUUUUGUAAUUAUCUUUGAAAAGCCUUGUUUAAGGAAAGAUAAUAAAGGAUAGUUAUUUAGUUCUAUUACCAUAAUAUUUUAAGAAUUCUCUUUCGCCUGUUUAUAGUGUUUUCUAUUUAUAGUGUCCUCUUAUUUAUAGUUUAUUUCAUUACUUGUUAAAUUAUCGUGAGUUUUCUUUCGUUUCUUUCAUUUUUCUCUUCCCUUCCCUUCUUUUCUUUCUUUCUUCUCUAUUUUUAUGUGUGAGUGUUUGCGUGUUAUUUCUUAUAACCAUUUAUUGUAAAUAUAAAUGUAAACUAUUAUUGUCUCGCCUAGAAUAGAAUCUUUGCUAAUUGUGUGGACAAGACAACUGUAACUUACUGCAUGAAAUUCAUUAAAGAUUGUUGUUACUGUUGUUUUGUUUACGCAAAUGCAAAGACAAGUGCAAGUACGUUUCUGCUUGUUUUACGAGGAAACAAUCAGUAAAAGAUUCCGACAAUUCGACCUUUUUACAAAAAAGUUAACUCUGCUAGUUGACAAGAGCAGAAAGCAUCAAGUUUCUGCAUUUACUUUCCAUAGAUUAAAAUGCAAAAUUGUUAGCUAUUUUUGUGAUUGCUGGUCGAUAUAGUGAAAAGUCACAACAAGGUACCUUUUUGAAAAAAAGGUGGUAUUUUCAGCUUUCAACUGAAAAUAUUUUGACGUCAAUAUUGUUCGUUUUUUCACCCAUUUCUCACUUAACCAAACAAAGCUUUAAAGCACGAAAAAGGAACCUGUUACAAGCGAUCUCAUCAAAAGCGCGAAAAAGUGAGGUCCCUGGUUGAGGAGAUGUUUCUACCUGCUCAGAGCGCUCACUUGUUGUCCACAUUCCAGCUUGAAAGGUUGAGAAGUAAGCAUGUGGUAGAGGGGCAUCUUUUCGAGUAAAAUGGAAUAAAAUAGGACAAUCACAUGACUUUUGGAGGGUAUAUAGUUUUUUGUGGCCCGAGUAGCAUCAUUUGCGCCCGAGCGAAGCGACACAAGGCCAAAUCGUACAAAUUUAUUUCAUAAGGAAAGAUUGUUUAACAUGAAAUCAUGUUGCGGGCUGCAAACUCUAUUUAGAGCCCGCACUUUGCCGUUUGGCCCCCGAAAACGGAGGAGCGUUUUAGAGAGGGUAGUAUGUCAUUUGGCCGCGUGAAGUGAUAAUAAUUGCUAUGUUUGAUGUUUAAAGGAUUUAAGAGUAAAAACAGAGAUUAAAACGAACAGUCUUAAUUAAAAAACAACGCAUUGGGUGUUGACUCAAGAGGGCUUUAAUUCUGUAAUUUUCAGUACCUCUGUUUUUAUACCGUGAUGUGAAUAAAUACCAUUCAAAGACAAGAAAUCUUUUGUCAUCGUACACCGGAUGCAGAGGUCUAUACGAUCUUGAAGAAAAGGGAGGAGGCAUGUGUUAAAAUCCACAAGGAAAAACAUUGCAGAAGAGAUGAAAGUUAUAGAAACAAAGCCCCUUUAGGCGACUAAAAAUGCAUUGUUUGUGCUGUUUAUGGCAGGGGCUGCCAGCUUUAUGAGCGAAUUUAAUAACAAAAAUCCGCUAACCCGAGUUAGGAAACACUGACGAUAUAAAGUGCUGAAAAAUAUAUCAAAAACCGACCAUGAAUUCUUACAUGUAAGGAGCAAUUUACCACCUUUAACAAAUGCUGUGGAAAAUUUGGAUGGUCCUGAUAAAGAAAAGAGACCGACUCUAAACACUCAAACAGAUUAAACCCCCUCUCUGCUUAUGCACCGUGCUUUUGAUCCUACGCCUUGUUUUUAUCGAUGACUUUUAUUCUAAAGCGUUUUACCAAAUCUGUCAUUAUUAGAGGAUGCAAAAAACGAAUGCCGAGGAGAAAAAUCACCCAUCUGCAAUAAAUGUUGUCAGUUUAAACUGCGUAGUGGAAGGUUGUCACUGUAUCUCUGUUGAUAAUGUUGUUUGGUUGCUUCUGUAAAUUUGUUAUCGUUUUUUUUGGCGGAAGAGUUUAGUUGAACUGUUAACCGGCAUCCAUAGGACUCGAUUUGUCGAAUAGAAUGACCCUAGCCCUUUCAAUUAGCUUGAAAGGGUCAGUAUCAAAUGUUAGGUGGUCAAAAAUGUUGUUGACCAAUUAACUUGAACGCAAAUCGACUUUCGGACGAAACAGCCGCAAUUUGUGUUACACCAGGAUAUAGUUCCUAUUGCUUCGGUGUACGGUUUGUCCAGCAGUUGCUCGGCUUCUAUGACUCGUACCCCUUAAAAUUAGCCCUUUCUUCACUAAUGAGAUGCAGUUUCAUCAGUAGUAACAUUAAAAGUCGUACCAAUUAAAAGGCCACUCACCAAGAAAUACACUUUAUUUUUAUCUCACUCAACCGUAUCACAUUUACCACUGGUAUCCUUUUUUCGUUUGUGAAAAAAACUUUGAUAAUUGAUAAUUCAGACAAUACGAUUCGUACACAUUGAAUUUCUCCGCAACAUACAACUUAAAACAAACGCUUUUGCCUUUAUUCGUCAAAUCCUAAUGGUCUUUUUUCUUUGACAAUAUACCUUUCGGGUUCGUUGUUGUUUUUAUUUCCAAAAACUUAAACACAAAAUAGCACAAGUAAAUACUCCUUUACAUUAAUUUGACAACAUAUUAAUGGGAAAUUAUAUUCUAUAUAUACAUAAGCAAUAUAUUGCAGAGUGCAGCCCUCUAUAAGACUGUUAAACAACAGUCCUAUUCAAGACUACAAUCACAGUAUAAAUAUACGUUUUUUAUUAAUAACUAUGUUUGCUAGUCUUGUAUUCUACCUGUGUAAGGGUGAGCAGUACAAGGAAUACAUGGUAGCAAAUUUACUGAUUAUGCUACUCACACUAUUAAAUGGUAAUUAAUUUACUUACCACAGUAACCUCCGAAAAAGGGAGGGAGCCUGAAGCGAUGACCGGAAAUACGUCUGCAGUUCGCAGGCUAGUCGGAAUGCAAAGAGGUGCUAACUUUACUAUUGUCAGUACUAUGCUUACAAAAACUUCGCAAAGCAUCAUGUAUGUAGCAGCACCCUUAGUUAUCCAACCAACUUUCUUAUAAAAAAAUCUUGUCUAAAUCGAGUCUAAAUAAAACAGAAAAUUUUCCCACAUGAGAAAAAUGUGAAGUUGUAAACUUUUCUUGGUUGUUGUUUUCAACUCUUAUGAUCAGUCGAAAUCUUUUGAUACAAAAAUACCAUAUACCGCGGAGAAACGAAUUUUAUCCUCGAGUGCUGAAAGUAUCUCUCACGUACCAAUUUUAUCUUCGAGUGCUGAAAGUAUCUCUCACGAGUGAGCUUCGCUCACUCGUGAGAGAUACUUUCAGCACUCGAAGAUAAAAUUCGUAUCCCCGCGCGGCCAUGUAAUAUCCUCUAUUUAUUGUUUUGAUUUUUAAACUCUGUGAAUGCAAAUGAUGGCAAAGAUUGUCGGCGUUACACAUAUUUUUAUAAAUCAAGUGCGUAAAUUCAAUUAUAUUUCAAUUUUACAAAAGGAAAAAGGUGUAGACAGUAACACCUUCCCCCCCCCCCUUCCCUUUCUGAAUUGGAAUCCUGCUCUGUGAAUCAUUUUUGAUUGAAGAAUUAAAAUUGUUUUAGUAAAAUCCCAAAAAAUCGAUUAGAUCUUACCUCUUAGCUCAGUUGCGAAACGAGACUGCGAGGCAGUACAGUUCCUACCUUCGGCACAAUGGUCAACACGGAAGCAAAGGGCUUUCGUUUUCUCUUCAGGCGCAUGCCUCAGCCGGUCUCCCGCCUAGAUGUUUCCAUGCGCAAAGGACGGCGGGACGUUGAACGGUUCGCCUACUUGCCCACCCUUUAUUUCCGUGUUGACCAUUGUGCCGAAGGAAGGAACUGUACUGCCUUGCUUUCUCGUUUCGCAACUGAGCUAAGAGGUAAGAUCUAAUCGAUUUUUGGGGGAUUUUACUAAAACAGUUUAAAAGGCUGAGCCUGGUCUCUUUAGACUUUGGGAACUCUUCAAUCAAAGGUUUUUUGAAAAUGAUUCACAGAGCAGCUUUCGGUUAAUGGCAGAGACAACUCCAUUUCAUUUUCACCGAGUUGCAGGCGACAGCGAAGGCUUAGGUUCUAUUACUUGACUGCGAUGGUUUUGCGGUUGCGUUUAACAUGGGUUGAUCGAGCCCAGGCAAUGAACGAGCUGACAGAUCUGACAGACGUCCUCUAAAGCUAAAGGUAUGUACUAAAGCCCGAGAAAACAAAUAAAAUGAGACCUGAACAGGGACAGCACAAAAACACCACCGAAGCCAAAAACCCCGAAAUGGCCGUAUUAAGCUAAACGAACAAACCGCCCAUGGGAUCGAAAUGAAAUCAUGGGAACUGAAAGCAAACCAAUAAAACAACCGAACGGCUGGCAAAUUGAAGUGACAGAGCUGACAGGGCACAUGAGAGAAUAUACUGAAUAUGGAGUUGUCCGAUGCAUCUCUUACCUUAUUUGCUUGUGACGCAGCGCUGUCCUAUAUUCUUUCUCUUGAUUAGAAGAUUUGCACAACAAGCAUAAAUAUAGUGACCUGAAGAAUGUGGCUUGCUGGCUGGAAGAAAACAAACUUACUCUUAACAUGUCCAUGUCUAAGUUUAUGCUUAUUGCGAAUUCCAAGAAGCAGAAAAUUGAAUCUCAUUUUAAGCUUAGGUAUCGUUAAUAACUGUACCUUGGAAAGAGAAUCUACGUUGGAAGUGAUUAAUGAAAAUCUCUCUUUGGCUGAUCAUAUUGAUUUUGUAAGCAAGAAGGUUAAUCAAAGAUUUGGCGUUCUGCGUAGGAUAAAGCAUCUACUUCCAAACUAUGCUCGUAAUGUAUUUGUUAGUGCCAUGGUAUUACCGUUUUCUGAUUACUGCGAUAUUAUCUGGCAAGAAAUACUAAAGGAGGACUAAUAGGAAUACUAAAGUGUUAAUGAAUUCCCUCCAAGUACUCCACAAUAAUGCAGCUAAGAUUGUUGUCAAUCGUCCUGUACACUCUUCAUCUACUGAGGCCCUUAUCGAUCUUAGGUGGAUCAAUCUUCGGGUUCGACAGCGCGUUCAUCGGCUUGUCCAUAUUUUUACAUGCAUUAAAGUACUGACCCUUCAAACGACAUUUUUCUUGAUAAUUUGCCUCAGUCGCAAAACAAGCCAAAACUCCAGACCGUCAAAUCUUCAAUAUAUCAGUUUAUAAGUUUAUUUUUCCACGAUGGAAUAUGACUCUCCCGCCCUUAAAUUCCCAAUUUCUUGACGGGUUGUUUUGUUUUCUUUGAUCGACUUCCUUAGUCUACCUCCUUUACGUAGAUGCUUCAGUUUUGUUUUAGUUUGCUUUGUUUAAUUUGCUUAGUGCUUGUUUGUUAUUUCUCAUUUUCGCAAUGACAAGAGAUUAAUGUCAAUAUAGUUGGUAACAAGAACAAUAAUCAUUUUCGGCCUUGUUUCGCUGUACGGCCGUUUCCCGUUGCAUUCACUUUGCUUACCUCAGUGGUUUCAGUGUCGCUUCUUUUAUUUAUGACUUCGUCUUGAUUUUCUUGAUUUUAGGACCUGUUUACAUGGAGUGGGGGACCCCGGUCUAGUGGGGUUGGUUUCUUUUGUUUUCACGCUCUGGGGGACACAAAACAAAAGAAACCUACCCCACUAAACCGGGGUCCCCCACUCCAUGUAAACAGGGUCUUAGUCACUUCAGUCGUUUCGCUUGUGUCUUUCGUUUCUUUCGUUUCGUUCCAGACCCUGGUUUCGUUUUACUGUUUCGGGUUUUAGUACAUGCUCGACGAGGCUUUGGUACCUAGGUGUUAAUUCCGAAUAGAAAUAUUUUUUUAAUCCAUCAAAGUUUUCCAAGAAAGAGGGAAUCGCAAUACAAUUAAUUCACGUGUGAUCUCAUCCAAGUGGAACCAUACAGUAGUGGUUACAGGAAUGCAGAGUCAUAGAAGAAUUACUUGUAACGCGCUUAUAGGCAUGGUUCCAGUUAUCGAGGGUACAAUUGUAUAGAAAUGAUCUGAAGGGAAACAAAAAUUAUUUCGAGUUAGCGGGAGGUUCGAGUCAAAAUCGAAAGAGGCAUUUUAGACCCUCUCUCCUCCGCAGAGGCUCACGCCGGGUAUCCCUAUAAACAUAACAAUAAUCGAAAAAAUGGAAAGCACGCGGGGGACGAUAAAAGAGGCCUCUGCGGAGGAGAGAGUUUUAGACCCAACAACAGUCACAGAACCGGAAACAACUGGCAUAUUUGAGAAGAUACCACAUACAAUAUCCGAAGACUACCCGGCCACCAUAGGUUUCAUUACGGAGUGGCUUUUAGAUCCAUGACAUUUACAGUGCAUUUACUUGAAUGAGCAUAACUGAGAAAUAACGCUCUCCACGCUGAGGCGCAUUAUUGUUGUGUUUCCGAGAAAAAGGCCGGGUUUGUUGAAGAUACUCACUGGAUUCUCCGGCUUCGCACUGGUUCCUCUUUCCGGCUUUUUUUUUUUUUUUUUUUUUUUUUUUUCACUAUCAUUUUUGUGUUCUCCCUGCCUGACUCGCAGUUCGUUGUGUUCUAUCGAGUCCACUGAAACCACUCACAAUGCUUCGUAAAAGUCCUUGAUCUCUGUACGGUCUCGGUUUGGCCUCAUUGUAUUUCUUAUAUGCUCCCUUAUCUUCUUUUUUAUAUUUUGUACUCCUUGUUAUCUAUUUGGUUUCUCCAAAGGAUGACUUGACGAGAAUUCAUUUUUAUUACUAACAGAGAACAAAAGACAUGACCCUCAAAGACAAUUGUGACAAAACUGAAAGAACCUCCUCAAAUCAAGUUACUGACGGUGUUACAGAUGCCAUAAAGAUAGGAACAUGUGUAGCGGCUGUUGCAAAUACAGCGGGAGAAGAGAUCAUUAAGACAGGAGUGCGUCGUGAGGUGACAAAAGAAGUUGUGAGUCGUGCUAUAUCCAAAACCGGUCAGCAGAUCGUGAGUUCUGGAGUUCGUACCGUGACAAAAGAGGUUCUGGCCCAAACUACACAAAAAACUGGAGAAGCGAUAGUCAAAACUGGAAUUGGUGCUGUGACAAAAAAAGUGGUGGCCCAAACUACCGUCAAAACUGGACAACAGGUGGUCAAAACUGGAAUUGGUGCUGUGACAAAACAAGUUGUGGCCCAAACUACCGUCAAAACUGGACAACAGGUGGUCAAAACUGGAAUUAAGACGGUAACAAACCAAGUUGUAGCUCAAACUACCGUCAAAACUGGAAAGGAGGCAGUGAAAACUGGCAUUGCGAUGGCAAAACAAGUUGCUGGCCAGACUGCAUCAAAUACCGGAAAACAAAUGGCCAAAUCAGGAUUCCACGUGGCGACCAAAGAAGUUGUGACUCAAAGUGUAUCAAAUACUGGUCAACAAGUAGUGAAAACCGGAGUACGCGAGGCGACCAAAGAAGUUGUAACCGAGACUGUAUCAAAAACGGGACAGGAAGUCGUUAAGACGGGAACGCGCACAACCACAAAGGAAAUUGUAACCGAAACAUCAGUCGUCAACGAAUCUUUUGGAGGGCUUGCAAUUGCAGCAGCUGUUGAAGGCGUAUCUGCGGUGUAUGAUAUAAACUGUGCCUACAAAGACAAGCAAGAGGGGAGAAUCAGCCAAGCAGAAUUUGAUCAAGCUGUUGGAAAGAGAGUCGUGACGGGGACCAUGAAUGUGGCAGGAUCUACUUUAGGAGCAGCCAUCGGCCAAGUCCUUAUACCAAUUCCAGUGGUGGGAGGACUUGUGGGAGGUAUUGGAGGAUCUUUUCUCGGGAAGUAUGUUGGAGGAUUGCCCUUUUCUUAA